UGCAAGAGAAACAGAGAAGAGAGAGCCCAGACUCGACGCAUCCUGUUCCUGACAGCCGGGUGCUGAGGUAUGCACCCAGCCGGUGUCACCACCCUCCCAGCUCGCCACAUUUCAGCACGCAGCCUCCUCUCGACUGUACAGACUCGUGAGGUGGCCAAAAUGCUGACUGCUCACCCUGAGAUGCACGAGAAGAGGGACAGCCUCGGCGGCGGACAAUAUGGAGCAGGCGGGGGUGGUGGCGGCGCUUCGAUUGAAGAGAAAUCUAUUCCGGAACAACCACCCCCGCCUCCUGUACCGCCGCAACGAGACCCGUCGGACCCCACCAUCAGCGCUAAAAAGCUUCCGAAGAAACGAAAGUUCGAUCCAUCCGAACUCGAGGAGAUGGAUAAGACUAGCAAUGUCACCAGCAACAUCACCAGCAACAUGGUUAACAUACCGCCGGUGAUGCCGCUUGCCAGUCAGUCGGCUGCUUUAAAUCAACAAUCGAGCUUACCAACUAUUAUCAGUCGGCAGUCACCGCAAGAGUCCGAUUGUUAUCAGGUAUCCUCGGCUCAUUCGGUAGUAGUGUUACCGCCUCAAAGCACAGCGGUAGAUUACUCUCUUCGCGAAGAACCUUUACGGUCUCGUCCUCGACUUGCUAUUGAUCUCAGUGAGUGGCGCGACCAUAGAGUGUUAGCUUUAAGGGAUUCAUAUUAUUAUCCGGGUGUUAUACGUAACGUUGUUCACGGUGAAAUUUUCAUCGAGUUUGACGGCGAAAGGAAGUUGAUGCGUUACAAUGACGUUCUGGGCGCAAGACGAUAUGACGUGAUAGGCGAUGCAAGCCCGUCUUUGGGACAGGUGACUUUGGAUACGAAGGUUUGCAUCAGGUGUCCGAUCGCGAACAGUCACGUGGACGCGACCAAAGUGUUUGUAAAGGGGACAGUGUGCAAGAUAUUAACGAAGCCUUAUCGUUUUGUUGUGAAAAUACCGCGGGAAGACGAUCAGAGUGAAAGCUACGUUGUGAAACGCGCGGACCUGCGACUAGUACAACCUCCAUGGGCCGACGAAUUGGAGGAAGGUCUGGAAGAUUGCGAUCCUUCGAGGGUCGAGACGAUUGAACACGGAUAUCGCGGUUCCACGGAAGCUUCAACAGCAGUGCCAAUUUUGCAAAUCCAUCAUACUUCUCAUCACCCGCCGCAUAUGUCGACUCAUAACGACACGAGCUAUUAUAGAACGACCGGUACCAGCCCUCUCAUGACUUUAAGCACUUCUGCACAUUCUGCCACAGCGUUAAGUAACGGCAGUCGGCCGUAUGACGAUUUAGAAAGUGAGGAUGACUUAGAUAGGGAAGACAUUACAUUUCCCUCGGAUGCAGAUGCAAAAUUGUCAGGAAGCAGCAAAAGAAGCAGUAUGCAGAGCCGAGGAAGUACCAGUAGCCUAGUUGAACAACGUAGUAUAACGCCUCGUUCUCAGGCAGCCACACCCAGAUCUCAGGCGGCAACGCCACAUAGGUAUAAAAAGGGUGACGUAGUGAUUACACCAAGCGGAAUUAGAAAGAAAUUUAACGGGAAACAAUGGCGCAGGCUUUGCAGUAAAAAAGAAUGUAACAAAGAAAGCCAACGAAGAGGAUAUUGUUCCCGUCAUCUUAGUUUAAAAGGAUCUGGUCUUAGAGGUCCGACAAACACAUUUCCUGGUAGUAAAAUAGAUGGCGAGGAGACAUCGAGAGAUUCCGAUACCUCGCCAAACUAUGGUGACAGAAGAAUAGCUGGUAGAUUCGAUCAAGAUGAAACUGAAGCUGCUAAUAUGCUCGUGUCUUUAGGAAGCUCCAGAUCAGCUACGCCAGCUUUCUCAUCACCAACGGGUCAGUCUUCUGUAUCUCCGUGCAUAAAUCAGUCGCCGGUUCCACCGUUGGGACUGAAUCAGAAUGUAUUUAUGCCUAUCUCAAGUCCGGCUCAUGCGACUCCGCUGAUUUCACCCGGCGCUAAAUGGAAGCACUCGCCCACGCAAUCAAACUUUUUAGUUCAAUAUCCCCAGCAAGUGAUAAAACCCGAGCCGAAUCGAGUGGUCAGAUCAAAUCGACCGGCUCCCGCCAGUAUAGGAACGAGCGUGAUAAGAAUCUCUCCGGUAAAUCGCAGUAUGCAACCCGGACAGAAUCUGGCUCUGUCGUGGUCGGAGCAGAGCCCACCGCCGACGAGACAUCCCUCGGUCGUGACGUCAACGAUCACUCAGCAGCAGCAACAACAACAAAGCAUAAUCUUACAGCACGCGCUAACGUCGAGUGCCAACGAUUUUCACACGAAUCAUGCCGAGAUGCCCGAACAAAAUCCGCAGUUGAUAAAACACUCGUCGCAUUCGCCUCAUAUGCCUCUACCCGCUACUCCUGUACCGCAAAAUUUGACACUCAUACACAACAAACCGCUAGAGCAACCGGUUGAUUACGCGCAACCGCCGUCCCAGGGCCCGCCGAUCUACGUAAUGCAGCACGAGAAGAAGUAUCUCGUGAUAAAGAACAGUAUGGAUAUGUCAGCGGCAUCGACGGGUGCGCACAUGAGCAAUCAGGAUGACAAGUAUCGGCAGAGCGUGAUGAACCACUUGGGUCAAUUGUCGACAUCUACGUUGCAUCAAGUUCAGUGUCAACAGCCAUCUCAAUCACCAGCUGUCUCAUCCGUCCACAUUGACAAACUGUCCGUUUUACAACCUAUGAAUAAAGUGGGCGCGCAUGCACCAUGCACGACCUUACAUACGACCGCGCAUAGUAUGGACAUGCAGAGAAGUCAACCGCCACCUACGAGUGCUGUAAUGCCUACCUCUAUCACAGAGACGGUUACCAAUCCAUCUACUCCGACGAGUGUCUUCCAGCACGUAAUUGUUCAGCCCUUGCAGAUUCCAAAGACCCAACCCGCCAGAGAGGAGAAUGCGAAAAACAAUGGUAUUCUCUAUGGCAGCCAUGAAGUUCCUCCUGCAUACCAGCCCCAUACCCCAUCAUUACUGAACAAUGUGCACAGCUGGAAGCUUAAAAAAGCUUUUUGGCAGACGGCAGUUUUGGAACAAUCAGAAGUGAGUCCUCCUCCCUCCGCUCUCAGCCCACCCUUGAGCGCACCUCCGAUUCCAAUAAGUAUGAGUACACCUGCUGAAGACGGCCCUGGUACUGGUUCAGAUCCUAUAACACCUGCUGAAGAGGAAGACGAUGACGUUUUUGAAACGGAACCGACUCCAACCGCGGAAGUGGAAGCCAAUGCUAAUAAGAGACGCAGUCAAUCGCUCAGUGCUUUGCAAUCGCAGACUCCGCUAAAAGCUAAAGAUAGAAUACGGCGGCCCAUGAAUGCUUUUAUGAUUUUUUCGAAACGACAUCGCGCUGUCGUUCAUCAACGUCAUCCGAAUCAAGAUAAUCGCACGGUGUCCAAGAUACUGGGAGAGUGGUGGUAUGCGUUGGGUCAAGAAGAGAAACAAAAAUAUCAUGAGCUCGCCUCGGAAGUGAAGGAAGCGCAUUUCAAGGCGCAUCCGGACUGGAAGUGGUGUAGCAAAGACAGACGAAAAUCAUCGACGGCCAGCUUCAAGGGAAACGAGGUUGGAAGGGCAAAAUUGAAUAGUACAGGGGAGGAAACAGAUGCACUUCAAGGUUCUUCUUCGGAUGAUCCAUUGGCGCUUACUUCGUCCACCGACGAAAUAUUAUCUACCCCGAUUAGUGCUUCAUAUAGCGAAGCUCCCAGUAGUAUUGAGAUUAUGAACCAGUCACACGCGCAACAUCGGAUUUCGGAGAUUCCUUUGCAAGUUGAAAACACCGAAGUUGACAUGAAGCAAGACGAUGAUGCUAACGCGUCGGACGACGAUCAGAUGGUGAUUUGCGAAGAUCCACAACCGGAAAUAGAUUUAAAGUGCAAGGAUAAAUUAACGGACAGCGAUAACGAUGUGCAAGAUAACGACGAGGCGGAAAAGAAAUGUUACAAUCAAUCGCGAUUCUCGCCUCUGAGCGGUCAAAAGAGGGAAGUGAUCAAUGUUAAACAGGAAAUAACCUGCAGACCUAAACCGAUAAAAGGUAUAGAAUCUACAACAAAAUAUCAUCAUACUAGCAUCGAUAAAGGCGGCGGUACUGUAUCAGUUUUGUCGAGUACGUAUCCUUAUCACAGUCCUGUCAAUCCAACAGGAGUGUCAGGAUUCCAACCUACCGGAGGUGCUUUCAUAACUAUGCCAAUAUCGCCAAAAGUUGUUAAACCAGAACCAGUAAAAAACGAACAGCAGUACAGCACUCAGUAUAGCGUGAAUAAUCUUGUAAGCAUCCACACUGAGAACGGACGGAACGUGCCUAAAUUUACAGCAGCUCCGGUAUUACAUACCAUUGGAUCGAAACCUAUGAUGGCGCUGUUGAAACAACAGCAGCCGUUGCAGUCUUUAGGCACUACUCUUCGCCCCCUUACUUCAACUGUCCCUUAUCAACAACCGUUCACUCUAACUUUGGUCGAUAACGAUUUGCUGGCUGUUUCCAAACCGCAGCAGGGAUCGCAGUACCAUAAUCCGACACCGCCACACUCCGGCAUGUACGGUGGAUUUCAAAUACCUAUCACUGAUGCCGGUGGUCGCAACAAUUCAAUACCAGUGCAAAAUUUUGUUUCCAAUAACAAGAUGGAGAUUCAAAGCGUGAUUGUGAGCAAGUCUUAUUCCGUCUCGACAAAUUCCACCACAUCGACUUAUGGCCGAGGGACCAGUCAUUCCAUUGCUCGCCUCGCUGGAUCCGAGAACAAUGAUAAUCAACAGGCUAUUUCUAAUCAUGCUCAGUUUUACGUUAGUAACAUAAAAACAGAAGACAACAAGGAAACUAUAAACAUUGUUCUUCCUGCGACGAAUGAGAAACACAAGCAACCGUCAACGCCUCACACGCCUCAUACACCUCAAAGUAAUCACGGAAGCGGUGAACUACCGUCGAAUAAAUCGUAUUCGUUCGACGAAGGUCAAAGCAAUGAUAUGGGACCAAGUAAGGGUCCUUUCAUGCUUGCUCCAACUCCGGCACAACUCGGUCGAGCACCACUACAAAGGAGACAAUCAAUGGCAAUGCCUCCAACAUCAAUCGCAGGAGAUCAUGGGCCAAUAACAACAUCCCAACAUUGUGACAAUCGACCGCAAACUAAUAUAUCUCAAACAACAGAACAAAAUAUAGCAGAGCCUCAUACUUCUCCUUCUCCUUCGACUAAGAAAGGCUCCUUUUUUAAGAAAAAUGUAGAAGAUGGUAUGGACAGAGUUCUCGAACAAGUAAACUUUCAAGAAAAGUUUUCAUCGUUGCCAGAAUUCAAACCGGAGGAUAUACAGAGUCCGAGUGCGAUCAGUAUGAACAAUCCAGGUUCGUCUGGCCAUAAUACUGUAGCUUCCGGAUUACAUCCGCAAACACCUAUGCAGAUGCCAGGUUAUCGAAAGAAAUCUGCACAAUCCGGACCUCAUAGGCCCACAAUGAAUGAGGAUGAGAUCGACUCGGACACAUCGAUAUCAGCCACUCCAAAGUCUACUUCGAGCGUCAAAUUGACCGGCAACACAUUCUUUGGUCCGGAUUUUAAUGUCGACGCUUACAGAGCCAACAACGAUUUAUUGGACGUCGAUGCCAGUUCUCCGCGAACGCCAAAAACCCCGGGAGGCGGUGCCGGAAGUAGUGUAGGAAUCGGUAGAAGCGACAACGAGCGUGGUCAUAGAAAGAUAUUGGAGCAACGAAGACAUCUGGUCAUGCAGUUGUUUCACGAGCACGGUUACUUUCCAUCCACGCAAGCCACUUCUACGUUUCAAGCUAAACAUGCGGAUAUAUUUCCUACAAAAACGAGCUUACAACUAAAAAUUCGAGAAGUUAGACAAAAGUUGAAGGCAAAUUCGACGCCGAGUGCUAAUAAUCUCGUUAGUCCAUCACCAAUCUCUGAAUCCUCACCUGUCGUAACUGGUCCAACUGCUCCUCCAACGUCGAUGGGAGCUCCACAUUCACUGCCUGUAAGCAGUAGUAGUGGUAGCUAGCACCCACGUGCCAACUGUGAUACUAUGCAUCCCCUUACUCCGCAACACGAAUACAUUAUUAUCCUUUGAAGAGCUAAAUAUUUACUAGAAAAGUCGUUAGAGUCGUGCACACUCUCUUCGGACUUGUAAAGUACUGCAAAAGGCUUUAGUGCAAUUUUAGAUUUUGAUGAAGCCUCCUGCUGCGGGCUUGAUUUAAUGGGCAUGCCGAGACGUGAUUGAUAUACAAGUGAUUUUAUAAUACCAAGGUCUUAUGUAUACCUGCUGUCUAAAACUAUUAUUUAACUAUUUAUCGAGAUGUUAACUGUUCUCUUAGAUAGUGUGUUUGGAUAUUUCUGUUUAUUGUUCAAUCUGUUGAACGAUAAGAAAAUGAAAAGAGAAUUGCAAACAUAAUAAUAGCUAAGAGUUUGCAAUAUCUCGCAACAUUUUAUGGUUUUGUGUAAAUUUGGUUCUAUAUGUGGGUCAUAAAAAAAAAGACGUAUAUAUAUAUAUAUAUAUAUA